UUCACUAAUGCAUGUUUCAAGCUUUGGGGUAUUGAUUUUGAUUUUCUUUUGAUUUUCUGAAAAGUCAUGUGAAUUUCCUACGCAUUUCCUCGUGUCCAGGCAGUUUCCUCGCGAUGGACUACACAAAGAUGAGCAUGGACAUGGAGUCUGUGUUUAAUCUCAACAUCCUGGACCACCAAACGUACUACACACAGUUCCCCAUGGGCGUCGUGCCGCAGCUUCCGCCGGAGACUCAGCGUAUUGACUCCACGCCGCUCGUCAUUCCCAAAGUUGAAGUGUACGAACAGCAACCGUCUGGAGAGGCUGCCCAACAGGGGACGCACCAGGCAAAUAACACGCCCGCUAUGCUACAGGGUGCACAGGGCAGCCCACCGCCAGGUACAUCACAGUGCCCACAUUGUUUCAAGACAUUCAAAUCCGCCAAGGCAUUCAAGAGCCACCUCAGGACGCACAGCGACGUCAGUCGGACGGUCCCACCCGGACAGGUUCACGGAAUGGAACCCAAACAGUGGUGUGUCUGCAACUACUGCAACAAAGUCUUCUAUGACCCAAACCUCCUGAAGCAGCACAUUGCAACGCACACGAAGGAGCAACAGCACAAAUGUCAGUUCUGCUACAAAUCCUUCCCGGAGAAGGGUAACCUCACGCAGCACCUGAAGGAGCAUCAGGAGCUCAAGGACUACAAAUGUCUCAACUGCAACAAAACCUUCGCGUCGCUCAACUACCUGAAGCUCCAUUUUAAGAUGCACGCGGACGAGAAGCCGUACAAGUGCAACUACUGCGACAAGCGCUUCACCUUCUCCAGCAAUCUCACGGUUCACACGCGCAUCCAUACGGGCCAUAAACCCUACAGGUGUGUGGAGUGCAACAAAUGCUUCACGCAAAUUAACUCCCUCAAGCAACACCACAAGGUGCACAAGGAUGAGAAGAAUGAAAAGUGCACCUUCUGCCCCAAGACCUUUCGUUACGCUGGGAAUCUCAUUACGCACAUCCGGACGCACACGGGUGAGAAGCCCUACCGAUGUGAGUUCUGCGGCAAGAACUUCUCCCAGCUUGGUAGCCUCAAAGGACAUCUGAAGCAGGAGAAAGCCCGUCUGGGGAUUCAAGAGUGAAUAUCUCUCCCAGAUCUCCUCCAUUGAUUCCCUUCCCCUCCUCCCCAUCGUGCCACAUGCGUGUGGCUCUUCCCUGCUCCCAAAAAAAAAAGAAAAAGGAAAAAACUCAAUCCAUAUAAAUGUAAAAUCACUUUGUAAAACAACCAACUUACAUUAGACUUACAAUGUAAUUUAUAAUGAUAAGUUUUGUCGUAAUAAUUUUACCACUAAAACAUUGAGAAGUUAGGUCUUAUUACAACAAGUCUCUAAAAAAACAAACUGACUAAUAAAUUUUAAGUGCCACAA